AUCAGUUUGCUGUAGCUGAACUUGCCUUGUUCAAAUUUCAGCUACGGGAUCUCCUUAAGAAAAGAACAGUAAAGCGACACAGUGAGGGGAGGUAACUUUCCUGACACAACUGUAAGCAUGAACUCAGAAGAAUGUGCAAAGUCUCAUCAUUCCAAACCAACUAUCACUCUGACUGGGACUGCUGAAAAAUGUGCACUUGGACCAUCACUUGGUGUGGUUGACAUAGGCAAUAGUGAAAAUGCAUAUCUUUUUCGUGUUGCGCUUCCUGGUGUAAGAAAUAAAUGUAAUAUAAAAUGUGACAUACAGAGAGAAGGGAGAGUCCGGAUAGAGGGUGUGGUUACAGAGAGUGAUGUCUUGAAAAACUCAUCCAAGGGUUAUGAGAUGAAAGUUCAGCAGCUUUCUCCUCCUGGGCCUUUUACCGUAUCGUUCAAUUUGCCAGGACCGGUUGAUCCCAGAUUAUGUUCCCCACAUUUUAGAUCAGAUGGCAUUCUGGAAGUCAUUGUAUUGAAAUACCGGAUACCUAUUGUUUCAGCUGAAGGUUUGCCUGAGAAUUGGUACAAUGGCUCUUUCCCAGCUCCCUGAAUUCUUGUCGUCCCUGUUUCUUAACAUACAUGGGAUUGAUUUGUUUUGUAACGUUUCUCGUGAAUAUAGCAGUCAACUUCUAGGGGGGCUACCUGUACAACAAGGGAUUUUGCAUUAUAUGUUUCAUUGGAAAUUUUGACUAUGCUGACCUGAUUUUGUACUUUUGUGGCAAAAACAAAAUACAUGGAGUAUGUGACAUCUUUUCCAUCUUUAUCAUUAUUAUUUUCAGUCAGCUGACGUUUUCAUA